CCUCAUUUUCAAGGAGAUCAAGAACUAGGGUCGAUAGCAGUCUCUCGCCAAUUUACGUUACUACCAGAGUUUUUUGCUCUCGCGGUAAAUCAAAUACGGCUCUAGACCAUCCAUUCACUGCAGAUACUUCUCGAGGGCUUGGUGCUCGACGGCGUUGUUUAUUAUUAUUAUUUAUCGGAUGUUCUGGAAGACGAACACUUGGUCAUCCGCUUACCUGCCAACCCCGUCUCACAACUGACGUUGUAACUGUAUCCGGAACUAGAAAGAGAAAUGCCUACUUUUGAACUGGGCCAGUCCAUCCCCCCGGACACUGCCCAUGCAGUCAGUGUGUCUUUGCCCACAUGGAAGGCCAAUAUCGGUUACGAAGAGGGCAAAAAAUGGGUUGUGGAUGCAAUGGCAACUGGCUAUCCCAGGUUCUUUAUCCACAGGAGCAUACAAACCCUAGCAGAGGAAAUUGUCUCUGUACAUGGACAAGCUGAGCAGCGUGCUAUUUUGUUCCCUACUGCUCGUGCUGCGAGACGAUGUGUCGAUUUUAUCCGUCGCCACGCCGACAAUACAAUGUCCGCUGAGUUGGGCAUUCUCGACUUUGGGUUAGACCAGUCGCGGCACCUGUCUUCCCAGCUCAGGGCCCUUGCACCGACCAUUUCGGCCGUGCUUUGCUCCUCCGAGUCAUAUCCCGUUGGCAAGCAAUACUGGCAGCAUUCGGGCGACGGCGUAUCUAGCCGGCGAGCUGAAUUUUGUCGGAGUCUGGUUCAAGAAGGUCUGCUCUGUCUAUGGACUAGUACACUGACGUCCAGUCAGUCCCCCAAGAAUCCCUGCAGGGGUCCUAGGAGGUAUCAGCGUGCAUCGGUCGACAUCUUACCUUCCCCCGCCGGCAAUGGCAACUCGCGUUCCCUAGGGACAGACGGUCAAAGCGCCAACGAAGCGCUAGAGAGCAUGCGCUUCCUAGAGGAGCGUUUCGGUCGCAACCUGGACAUAUCCUUGGUUGAGCGGGCUAAAUCCGCCAUCCGGAGAAGAAUAGUUGGCACGAUGGCUGUAGACAUUGAAGCUACAGUUGAUUCGCUCCCUCCUCUGACAAGCAACGCAAGGGGUUUUGCCAACCUACAAGAAAGCGAUGUCUACCUAUUCCCCUGCGGUAUGAACGCGAUAUUUAAUGCCCAUCAGGCCUUGCUCCGCGCGAGAGGCGAGUUGAAAAGUAUCAACUACGGGUUUCCGUACGUCGACACUCUCAAAAUUCUUCAGAAGUUUGGCCCUGGCUGUCUCUUUUACGGGCAUGGCUCAUCCAGCGACCUCGACGACCUAGAGCAGCGCUUGACAACCGGGGAGCGAUUUCUUGCGCUCUUCUGCGAGUUCCCCGCCAAUCCCCUGCUCUCGUGUCCGGACCUUGUGCGCAUUCGCCAGCUAGCCGACAAGUAUGAUUUUGCCGUCGUCAUUGACGAUACAAUUGGGACGUUCGUCACCGUGGAUGUUGUCAAGUUCGCGGACAUUGUUGUCAGCAGCCUGACCAAGAUCUUCUCCGGAGAUUGCAACGUCAUGGGCGGCAGUGCAAUCCUUAACCCUGCCGGGCGCUACUAUACAGCAGUCAAGGCAGCCUAUACCGAAAACUACGAAGACACAUAUUGGGCCGAGGAUGUUGUGUUCAUGGAGAGGAACAGUCGUGACUUCCAGUCUCGCAUAGAACGGACAAAUCGCAACUCCGAGGUCCUAUGUGACCUCCUCUCUACCCACCCCUCUGUUAAGCAAGUCUACUAUCCAAAGACAAACCCGACUCGCCCAAAUUACGAGGCCUGUCGUCUUCCGGAGGGUGGUUAUGGUGGGCUACUGUCGGUAACGUUCCAUAAAAAAGAGUGUGCCAUGGCCUUUUUCGAUGAGGUCGAGACAGCAAAGGGGCCAAGCUUGGGAACCAAUUUCACUCUGACAUCACCUUACGUGAUGUUGGCGCACUAUCGUGAACUCGACUGGGCGGCCCAGUUCGGAGUUGAUCCGGACCUCAUUCGGAUAAGCGUCGGCCUGGAGGACACCGACGAACUCAGAGAUAUAUUCAUCAGAGCCUUAAGAGUUGCAGAGCAUGUUGAUUGUGGACGUCGACCGAAAAUAGAGGAGUAAGGAUGUCGGCCACUAUGACCCCGGGGGAGGGGAGGGGUAGGACAAGUAGUCCGUCCGGUGCUCCGUAUAACAAGUUACUGUUUCAGUGCGGACGUUGGUCUCGACCUGGCAGGGUAUAAGAAUCUAUUCCGUAGCCACCAUCGAAACGCUGAAGCAAACCAAGCAUCAAUAAAACCAAGAAAGACAAAAUAUCGAGAAGGGUAUCAUAAAUAUAGCGAAUAACUGUGGUGGAUGAAGUAUUCAACCCCGAGCAAACAUGGAAGCCCUCCUCACAUCACUGUACAGCUAGAAUGGACAUAUCCGGGGCCGUACUCUUCGAUG